AUGGGUUCUAGUAGCAAAAAAUACAAAGAAAAAGAGAAAGAGUCUCGUAAGCGGCGCCACCACAGCCCCGGCUACACCGACGAGCAUGAGCCCCCGAAGGAGAAGCGCCACCGCCACAAGAGGCACCACAGGGACAAGAAGCGCGACGCGAGGGCGAAGCACGACUACGACAGCGACGGAUCCGACGUGAUCGAGGUGAUUCCGGACGAUGAGCCUUCGGGCUCCGGGCAAAACGCUGAGAGUCUCUCGAUUGAGGAAACGAACAAACUGCGGGCGAAGCUCGGCCUGAAGCCGCUCGAUGUGAGUUCGGGGGACAAGUCCGAGAAGAAACGGGAUGACGGGAAGAAGAAGGACGAUUGGGGCGAGUUUUACCACAAGCCGGCGGAGAAUUGGGCGGAUAAGCACGAGAGGGAGAAGCUGAAGGGCAAAUUGACAACGAUUCGGGAAAAGCGCCAGCUGGAGAAUAAGCUGGGCAAGGUGAAGCUGCUGGGGGACAGUGAUAGUGAUGAUAAUGUGGAGUCGUGGGUUGAUAAGAACCGCAAGAUUGAAUUGGCCAAGAAGGAGGCUGAGAAAAGGGCGAAAAUGUUGGAGGAGUUGGAUGAGCAGUUUGGGGUCAGCGAGUUUGUGGAGAAUGAGAAGAAGGAGAAGAGGAAGCAGAGAUACACUGAGAGGAAUUUGAAAGGGCUGAGGGUGGAGCAUGAUGUUGAUAGCUUUGCUGAGGAAAGGGAUGUUAUCUUGACGCUGCAAGACAAGGGCGUCUUGGAUGAAGACAAGGAGGAUGUCCUGGUCAAUGUCAACAUGGUUGAGGACGAGAGAUACAAAAAGAACGUUAUAAACAAGAAGAAGAAGAUUUUGUAUAACGCCUACGAAGACCAGGAGUACGACGAGUUUGGCAACCCCAAAGAAAAGUCGCUUUUGGCCCAAUACGACGAAACAAUCGACGGCGAAAAACGCGAAAGCUUCAAAAUCGGUUACGACAAUGCGGUUGAACGUAAACAAGCAAUCGUGCAAUCAAUUAAGGAAAAACUCGCCAAAAAAAGAAUCGAAUCGAUUGAAACAAAAGAUUUAAAACUCGCAUCGGAAUAUUACAACGACGAGGAACUGUCCAAAUUUAAAAAACCCAAAAAGAAAGUCCGCAAAAUCCGAACUAAGGGAAAACUGACCGCUGAUGAAUUGGAGCAACAAAUUAACAACAAAGGCAUCGAGGAAGUCGGCUCAAGACGCCCAAAGAAAGAGCUCGAAGACUUGACCAUUGACGACAUCCCCGAAAUGGAAUACCCCACGGACGUCAAACUCGAGGACGAGAAGGACGAUCUCUUGGAAAAAGCGCUGCACAAGACACGCAAAAUCAAACAGAAGGAGAACCUCGUUGCUGAGAUUGUUAAAUCAACGCCGGUUAAAAGCGAAAGUGAGGAAAACCUGGAGGGGAGUAUUGUUCUGAACGCCACGGCGGAGUUUUGCCGCACUUUGGGCGACAUCCCAACGUACGGCAAGUCCGGCAACCGCGAGGAAACCGAAGAUUUGAUCGAUUUCGAGCGUGAUCUGAAAGACGAGCCCGAAAUGGACGAAGUCGAGCAGGAGGAGAAAACCGGCUGGAAUUCAGUCGAUCCAAACGAGCCGCACGAAAGCCCGCAAAUUGCCCCACAAGAGGUGCAAAUCCUCGACGAAGAGCCUGAUGUCAGUACAGGGCUUGGGGCAGCUUUGAAGCUUGCAAUGAGCAAGGGGUACCUGGACAAGGAGCAGAAUAAGAGGCCGUCGAAUUCGCGGUUAGCGCAUUUGCAAGCCAAGCAUUACUCUAUCGAGGACAAGACCUACGGGGAUGAGGGCGAUCGCGCGAACCGCCGGGAGAGGUACACUGGCCCCAUUAUGGAGUUUAAGGAGAAGGAUGGGUUUAAGCCCAAUGUUAAGUUGGAGUAUAUCGACGAUGAUGGGCACGUGUUGAACUCGAAGGAGGCCUUCAGGUAUCUCUCGCAUAAGUUCCACGGGAAAGGGCCGGGGAAAAAUAAGAUCGAGAAGAGGAUAAAGAAGGGCGUGCAGGAGCAGUUGAUGAAGAAGAUGAGUUCGACGGAUACGCCCUUAGGGACUUUGAAUAUGCUGCAAGCGAAGCAGAAGGAGACGCAGUCGCCGUAUGUGGUCUUGUCGGGGAACAAGCAGAGCCAGCAAACGGCGGUUAUUUCCAAAAGUCGGCGUUAAGUAAAAUGACUAAGAAUAAAUAAAUACUAUAAUUUUGUGUGAACAAAAUUCAGCGCUACUCUAAAAAGAAGUGGCAAUUUUAAAUUAAGGAAAACUGGGCAUCAUUGUAAAUUGUAUAAAUUGUUUCAUUUUUAUCAGUUUUUAUUUACAAAGUCCUAACGAAAAGUGUUACGAAAUGUUUUUGUUUUGUAGAUCGUUUUUAAGGGACGGGUACGAUAAUGAUAAUGGUUUUAUGAAUAAGUUUUAAAGUCUGGCUCCCUACGAGUACAAACGGUGUAAUAAUUUUUGCGAUAAAUGAAAUGAAUUAAAAGUGA